CUCCCUAACGGGCUGUCGUGUAAACACUAUUAGAUCACCUCAUCAGAAAUACACGUGCAUUCAAUAUUCUCUACUCUGCAUGUUGCCAGAUAUCAUAUGUCUACAUAUAUUAUAGAUUCAGUGGAAGUUCUUUCGUGACGUUGUAGAGGUCGGAAUUUUACCUUGAAGGCAGUGGGCUACCAAUAGCUGCCGCUACCAGGAAACAGCAGAUGAAAUGGAUGUGUAAAUAAACAUUAAAAAAACUUACUGAUUCCUGGGGAUAAACAUGGGCCGUGGAAACCAGUUUACCGUCACACUUACAGGUGGUAGCCCAUGGGGAUUUCGGUUGUUUGGUGGAGAAAGUUUCCCGCUUCAAGUAGCUAAGGUAAGAAAGAAGAGUAAAGCUGACUUGUCAGGUCUUCAGGAAGAAGACGUUAUCAUAAGCAUUAAUGGAAUUUCUAUGGCGGGAAAAUCGCACCAAGAUGCCAUGUUCAUUGUUGACAAUGCCGGGGACUCGCUAACAUUUGAAAUGUCCAGGAACGGACCUACAAAUGUCAGUCAGCCAGCACCAGUUGUCAAUGGUCAUGACUCACUAUUAACAAACGACAGAAAUCCAACAAAUCUGAGAGUAAGCCCAGUAUCGUUCACUCCAAAGAGAUCACCAAGUCCUUACCAACAGGAAAAUAACAGAGUUUUAACGCCAAAUCCAAAUUUGGCAGUGAGCCAUGUCGGCGCCAAAAGGUCUCCAAGUCCUAAUUUUAGGACUAAUCCAAUCAGUAACAAAAGAUCGCCAAGUCCGUAUCAACCAAAAGUUGUGGAAUCAGCAUAUACCACCAGAGAAGGGGAUACCACUAGACAUGUUCAAACCAGACAAUUUCAAGAUAAUUCACCAGAUGGACGACAGACAAGAUCGGUUUUUCAGCAGAGACAAGUUAUUACGCAGGCUCCAAAAUUCCAUCCAAAACAAGUAACAACACCAACUUCACCAAAUGUUUGGCAGCCACCACAAAGGUUUUCAGAUUCCAAAGAAAAUAUAUCACCAGUCAGGGUACCAAACUUUAGUGUCAGAAACAUAAAGGAAACAAUAAGCUCGCCAUCGUCAUCCAAGUCUGGUCCAGCUGUUCCACCAAAACCAUUACAAGAGCGAAAGAAUUUUGAUAAAAAUGUGCAUGCAUUUGAUCUACGAGACAGGCAGUAUAUUCCGGAUCCAUGCAUGUUCAGUCAUGACUACCAUUUUCCAGAGGUUCAAUUAGUAGAUGAUGACGACGACGACAUAAUCGAUACUCAUCCACAUGAAGAUGAAUUCCAUCACCACCAUCAUCAUCAUUUACCAGUUUUUGCACCAAAGGUGGAAAUUAGCUAUGAUGAUUUUGUAAAUGAACAGAAUAUGUAUAACGAGGAUGAAAGAUAUGAUCGAAAUAACCUACCACCUCUAGACCUACGAAGGGUAACAAGUCUUCCUGAAAGCGAGGCUACGGGACCAGAAACCCCGGAUACAGAAUCGACUGGCGCCACAACACGAAAAAAGAAAAUGUACUCAGAUUCUGCCUUCUUCGACGAUCCUGAAGCUAAUUAUCCAACUAUCGAGGAACAGAUGUCGCUAUGUAAGAGAAUUGCCCAAUCAUUGACGUCGGCUGCUAAUCGGAAGGCACGUGGUGCCAAGAUGUUUGCAAAACGCAGACGAAAAUCAACGAAGUGGAUACACGACGAAGGAACUUCAUCUGCAGGGGACAUUGCUGACCUUCACGACCUGGAUAGCGAAUUUUACCUACACGACGGGGGAGCCAAGCCGUUGUUUACCUUUCGUAUACCUAAUAUUAAAAACAGGCUUGCUAUUCCAGAUCCAGACGCACACAAGAUGAGUUUAAGUCAAAAUGAAUACGAAAGAUUGCGAUUGAAUAAGAAGAGAUGCGAGCAUCGUGUUGUGUCUCCAAGCACAUGUCAUAGUCUUGUUGCGGACCUUCAGUCUCCGAAAAAUAGAGGAGCAAAACUAUUUCAAAAACGUCAAGCGAGGUCAGAAAAAUGGGUCAUCGACGAAAGCAAUGCUCGGCGACCUGAUGUUGUUCAACAUACCCGACUCGAAUCUAUGUUAUCUCCAAAACCGUCAAAGUCCCCAUGGGAAGCAGCAAUGGAAAAUCCUCUUGGAAGUGUGGAAGGAGCAUUUCACCAUCUGGAUCACCGUGAAAAUUUAAAACAAAUAAACAGAAAUUUACAAAAUGUGACACCAUUAUCUCCUCAGCCUGUUUCUGUUCCGUAUUACACUCCCGAAGUGAGAACAAAACUUGAUAAUCAAAAUGACUUGGAGAUACUACAAGGCGAAGACUUCAACAGAAAGGCCAGGGGAUGGUGUCCAGUUCGUGAAACAAAACGUACAGAAACCUCGACGUAUACGCAGGAAGAGAGUUACCCGCAACGGACUUCUAGACAAGAACCACCACCACCACCUCCAUUGCCUACGAAAACGGAUAAUUACAAUAGAAAAAUUCGUGCUUGGAACACUGGACCCCAACAAACCAGUAAUUCAAGAAAAACUCAAAAAUCCGUUAAACGUGUGACGACUGAAAAUAAUUACGGUACAUAUCCAGGUCGUAAUCAAAAGAGAACGGAUUAUAAUUACAAUUACCAAACGACAACUGAUGGAAUACCGGGAAGUAGUGAUUUGUGAAAGAAAACUCAUAUUCCUAUUUUUGGUUUUUAAAUAUAAUCGGUUUUCUAACCAGUUUUCCGAACGAAUGUUUUCCGGAUAAUUUAAACAGUUAUCAGUUUGUGAUAUUCUGAAAGACUGUGUGAGUGACGUUUUAUAACAGAUUAGUUUUAUAUAAUAGCACUUGUGUAUAUAUCGACAAAUUGUUCUGACUGAUUUUUUUUCUUUUUUGUUAUGUUACCAUGGAAACUUAAGCAUUCCCUCUGAUCUUCAUCAUUAGCUUCCAGCUACCUCUCACUGAUCUCUGUUAUCAAAUUUGUUUCUUAUCUGCUGUCUUGCCAAGCAGACGAUCUUCGUAUUGCAUUAUGGGUUAUGUCACAGGUAAUCUCGCGAUAUCUCGUAGCCGCAUUGCAGCAAUCAUAUUGGUUUACAUAGAAACCUAAUUUGGGGUUGAGCCAUCAGAACGAAUCCUUGUAUCUUAUCUGUGUAUUCUUUUGAUACAUUAUGUUAUUACUGAGUGCAAUCAUCAUAAGUUUUGACAAUUCUGUCAAAAUAAACACUUGUACAUGAUUAAUUCAUUAAUGAAGUUGACUAGCAGCUAUAAAUAUAAUAACAUCCAAUAAUUGAAAUAGCGAGUCGCUAAUAACAUAACUAGAUGACAAAUUUCCCACAAAAUUAUUUACUUUUAUAACUUUUGAUUAUUUGAAAUUGAUUGUGUUAUAGAUUACUUUAAAUAUUUUAAGAGCAAAGAUGUUGAUUAGAAAACAAAAUUGGUAGGUUGAAUUAAAUAUCUCCAAUUUGAAAGGAAAUUUAUUGUUACAUCGAAAGCAGAUCAAAUCAGAAACUAAACAUAAAGCUUUAUCAUGUUUUUCAUCAAAAUAUUUCACCCUAACACUAAUUCAAGUGACAACAAAAUGGCUAAGAACUGGCUGUUUUGAUAAGUAUUAAUCCCUCAUAAGUUCUAGUCUACAGUCGUGUACCUAUAGUUUCGGAUUAUAACGGUGUAUCGAUAGGUACUGUAGGCCUAUAGACUACAAAUUUAGGAAUGUUUUGUAAUUUCCAUUUUUAGAAAUUAUACUUAAUAGCAAAAGUUGCAAGUUACAUUAGUCUAUGCGAUAUCAGUUAUGUACACAUACGUGUGAAAGUACGAAAAUCUGUUAUAUUAUGAGUGUAGCCCUUGUUUAAAACAAGUUCUUAAAUAAAUUUGACAGUUGU